AUGGAACUACCCAAUGAUAUCAAGCACCUCUAUAUAACAUGGUUGGAGGAAGAUGUGUUGGCUUAUUCGUUGAGGGCUCAAAAAUCUGCACUGUUGUAUACUCGUGCACUUGAGAAACUACGGAACUAUCCAGAACCAGUGUUGACACCAAGAGAGUUGAUUAGAGUCCCAUUUAUCGGUGAGAAAAUAGUGGGCCAAAUGGAGAAAAGACUUGAGAAAUAUUGUAAAGAGAAUGGCUAUAAUUUACCUAUUGGUGUUAAUUCUGUUCAGAGAGCCUCUAGUGGGAAAAGAACUAAGGCUACACUAGAUGAUAAUCCCACAAAUGAUACAGCUGAGCCAAAGAAGAAAAGAGCAAAGAAGAAAUAUGUCCCUGUGAAAAGAUCUGGUGGGUAUGCUAUAUUGCUUGUUCUACUAGAGUUUGAUCCGGGAUGUAGUGGGAUGACAAAAGAUGCCAUCAUUAAGAAUUGUACCCCAUAUUGUGAUAAGAGUUUCACUGCAAAUCCCAGCACAAACCAAUUUUAUUCGGCUUGGAGUAGUGUCAAAUCAUUAUUAAAUAACGAACUGGUGAAAGUUGAGGGAAUACCAGCACAUUACUAUCUAACUGAUGAAGGGAAGGACCUAGCAGAAAAUUUGAAAUUUGCUGAUGAGAUUGUGUUCAGAACUGAUGCACCAAGGCCGUCUUCCUCUUCAUCAGCUUUGAGAAACCCUGGAGUUGGUGAUGAACCAAUCGUCAUGGAUACUAUCCCAGAGGUCAGGCCAGAUAUGAAUAGGGUUAUUCAUAAUUAUAAUAGUGUCAAUUAUCAUUUUUGGGAACCUGGUACUUAUACAGUGCGGUUUGUUGUUGAUAAUAGAGAAGUGAGGUCUUCUACAGAUCGUGAUUUCUUCCAUAGAAAGCUUCAGCAAUUGGGUGUGGAUGCAGAGUCAAGACCGUUAACUGUUGGAGAUGGGUUAUGGAUUGCUAGAAAUAAAACCACCAAUGAAGAAGUUGUUCUUGACUAUAUCAUUGAACGUAAAAGAUUAGAUGAUUUAGCUUCAAGUAUCAAAGAUGGUCGUUAUAAUGAACAAAAAGUUCGUUUGAAAAGAUCUGCUGUGAAGAAUGUAUUUUAUCUUAUUGAAGAAGUUAUGAGUUCUGAUGUGCAACAAAUGGCUGAUGCUAUUCAAACUUCAAUGGGUAUGGCGAUGACAACAAGUAGUUUCCAUGUGAAAAGGACUAAAGAUGCAGAUGACACUAUUCAAUUCAUUGCAAAGAUUACAAAAGAAGUCGUCAAAUAUUAUACAGGGAAAAGACUUUUGGUAUUGGAACCAAGAAAUCUUGAAUUUCAACAAGAUUAUAGAAGGGUUUUGGAUGAAUUUAGAGAAAAGUUUGGCAGAGGGAAUAUUGAAUGUGCUCACAAAUAUUAUACUUUUGACACGAUGUUAUCCAAAACAAAACUUAUGACAGUGAGAGAAAUGUUUGUAAGAAUGUUGAUGACAAUUAGAGGGAUUUCAUUAGAAAAGGCUAUAGCCAUUCAAAAAGAUUACAAGACCCCAAAGGAUCUUAUCAGGAACUUCGACGGGCAAGAUCCUGAACUUGCAAAGAAGUAUGGGAAAAGGGUACAAGAACUAAUUGCUGAUGUGUUUAAAAAGUAA